AUGUAUUCUCUCUCUCUCUCUCUUUCUCUCUCUCUCUCUAUCUCUCUCUCUUUGGUUUUUCUUUCUUUCUUUCUUUCUUUCUUUCUUUCUAUUUUUCAUUCUUAUUUCCCUUCUUUAAAAUGUUUUUUUCUUUUAUAUUUUUCAUUUUCUUUUACAUUAUUUCUUUUUAUUUUUUCCUCUCUCUUUUUCAUUAUCCAUUUUCCAUUUAUUUUAAUUCUUUCUUUUAUUUUCUGUUACCAUUUUUCUUUCUAUAAUUUUCUUCUUUUUCUGUUUCUUCAAUUUCUUUAUAUUUCACAUAGUUUUUUAUUUCUUAUUUUCCUUCUUUUUUUAUCAUUUUCCUUUUCCAUUAUUUUUUUCAUUUUCUUUGUUUCUUCCUUUAUUUUCUGCUUCUCGAUUUAUCUUUUUUCUUCCUUCCAUUGCAUUUUUCUUCAUUCUUUCUUUAUUUUCAUUUCUUUUUUUUUUUUUUGUUUCUCAUUGUUCGGUUUUCUUUCUUCUCUUUUCUUUCUUUCUAUUCUUUUCUCUCGUCUUCUCUUUUUUCUUUUUCUUCUCUUUUCUCUCGUCUUCUCUUUUCUCUUUUUCUUCUCUUUUCUCUCGUCUUCUCUUUUCUCUUUUUCUUCUCUUUUCGCUCUUGCUUCUCUCUUUCUGCUCCCUUUCUUCUCUCUUCUCUCUUUUUUCUCUCAUCAUAUAAGAAAAAUGUGA